GUGCUGAUUUUUAAUUUCAUUUUCUUAUGGGUUUGUUUUUCUUUAUUCCAACAACAACAGCAACAUUUUAAUCAAAUUAAAAUUAGCGUCAGAGACGCCGACGACCAACCAAACGAAGCUCAUAUUGUUUGUCGACUUUUCUCUCUCUCUCUCUCUCUCUCUCUUCGAUUCAGCUUCAGCUUCAGCCAAAUCCAGUUCUAGUCGUAGAUCGUGCUUUUGCUUUUGUGUCUCUGAAGCAACUCUUCUACUUGGGCUUCUUCUUCUUCUUCUUCUUCUUCUUCACUUUUAUUCGAUUCGCUUCCUGCAAAAUUCUAGUUUUGUGAUUGAACGAGGGAGAGAAUGUCGGGUGGCACGCAGAAAAGUUUCAGAAAAGCACUUGGAGCCCUUAAGGACACCACAACAGUGUCAUUAGCUAAGGUCAACAGUGAUUACAAGGAAUUGGACAUUGCUAUAGUUAGAGCCACGAAUCAUGUUGAACGACCAGCUAAGGAAAAACAUAUAAGAGCUAUAUUUUCGGCUAUCUCAGCUACAAGACCUAGGGCUGAUGUUGCCUAUUGCAUCCAUGCUCUUGCCAGGCGAUUAUCAAAGACACAUAACUGGGCAGUUGCAUUGAAAACUUUAAUUGUUAUUCACCGUGCUCUGAGGGAAGUGGAUCCUACAUUUCAUGAAGAACUCAUUAAUUAUGGAAGAAGUAGAAGUCAUAUGCUCAACAUGGCUCAUUUUAAAGAUGAUUCCAGUCCAAAUGCAUGGGAUUAUUCUGCAUGGGUACGCACUUAUGCUUUGUUUUUGGAGGAAAGGCUGGAAUGUUUUCGUGUGCUGAAGUAUGAUAUUGAGGCAGACCGCCCUAGAACCAAAGAUUUGGAUACUGCAGAAUUGCUUGAGCAGUUGCCAGCUUUACAACAACUUCUCUUUCGAGUUAUUGGUUGCCAGCCACAUGGGGCAGCUGUAAAUAACUUUGUCAUCCAGUUAGCACUCUCAAUGGUUGCUUCUGAAAGCAUUAAAAUUUAUCAAGCUAUUAGUGAUGGCACAGUCAACAUGGUUGAUAAGUUUUUUGAGAUGCAACGCCACGAUGCUUUGAAAGCUCUUGAUAUAUACAGGAGGGUUGGGCAGCAGGCUGAGAGACUGUCAGAGUUCUAUGAAAUAUGCCGUAAUCUUGAUAUUGGGCGUGGAGAGAAGUUUGUUAAAGUUGAGCAGCCCCCUUCAUCAUUUCUGCAAGCUAUGGAAGAGUAUGUCAAAGAUGCUCCCCAGGGACAAAUAGUUCGUAAGGAUCAGGCUGCUGACAACAAAAUUACCUCUCCAAAAGAAGUUUUGGCUAUCGAAUACAAAAAGACAACAGAAGAGCAGGAGGAGCGUUCCCCCUCACCCUCACCACCUCCACCUCCACCUUCUGAACCUGUGAAAGUGGAAGCACCGCCAGUGCAACCACCACCUGAUUUGUUGAAUUUGGAGGAUCCUGCCCCAGCUGCUUCAGAGUUGGAGGAGAAGAAUGCCUUAGCUUUAGCCAUCGUACCUGUUGCUGAUCAACAACCUUCUGCUGUUCCUAAUCAAGCAAAUGGAACUACAGGAUGGGAGUUGGCACUUGUUACUGCUCCUAGUUCAAAUGAGAGUGCUACAACAGCUAGCAAGCUGGCUGGAGGUUUGGACAAGCUUACACUAGACAGCCUAUAUGAUGAUGCACUAAGGAGAAACAACCAAAAUGUCAGCUAUAAUCCAUGGGAGCCAGCACCGAUGGGGUCUAUGAUGCAACCAACAAUGCAUGAUCCAUUUUUUGCCUCUAAUACAGUGGCUGCUCCGCCUGCUGUUCAGAUGGCUGCUAUCUCCAACCAGCAACAGGCUUUCAUGUUUCAACAACAGCAGCAGCAAAUGGUGAUGAUGGCCCCUCAACAACAAUCUGUUAAUCCUUUUGGAAAUUCUUAUGGAGCCACUGUACACCCCUAUGGCUCAGGUAUGCCUGUUCAAUCAUACAAUCCAUAUACAGGCCUCAUAUAGACAUUUCCUGUGGAAAACAAAAUCCAUAAUAAGCUCAAGGAAAAACAAAACAUGGACACUCACCUUUCAGUUCUGAGAUUGGGAAACUUGAAGAGUAGACAGAUUUGUACCAUACGUUGUGUGUGCCAUAGAUAGCUAGAGUGAAAUUCUUUUUGAAUAAUUAGCUGAGGGAGGGUUUUGAUUAUAUGAUUUUUUAUGUACAAGGUAAUUGAUAAUGAGCUUUGAUUCAAACAGCUUAGAGUUUCUUUUAUCCCCGAUUGAUAACGGUUAACGCUUUAGCAGAAAAUUUGUUCUUGAUAAAUUGGAUUAUAUUGUUUUCGGUUUCCAUUCCCUGUACAUGGUGCCCAGUAUAUAUUCAUUAUGUGAGUGAUAUACAAUUUGUUUUAUGAAAAUACUUCAAUUCUGAUAAAUUAGUCAUUUUGGUGUCAGGAGCAAUUUUUCUU